AUGAGAAAAGAAGAGCGAGAGUUGUCGGAGCACAAUGAAAAAGUUAACAACAAACAAGAUGCCGGUCACCAUCGACAAGCUCAAGAUGUGUUAGAAAAUGAAUAUAACGGGGAUUUCUGGAUGAAAGUACGUUUAGAGCAGACUAAGGGACUGUCAUGGAGUAGAGCCAUGGAUCAAGUUACUGUUGAAAGACUUAUCCAGGAAUACAAGGAUACUGGAGAAAUAGAUGAUGAGGAUCCAGCCCUUUUGAUGUUAAAACUAUGGCCAGCAUCUAACUACUACAAAGAUAACCCUGACAAACUCCAAGGUCUUGAACAGAAGAUAAAUUGUCUUUUGGAGAUAAUGCUAGAAAGUGAACUGAAUGCCAACAGCAGAUAUGAGAUAUUCAGAGAUGAAGAAGAUAAAACAAAGAAAACAUUGCUGCACUAUGCCUCGGAACUUGGAUUUCUACAGGUCACCAAGACACUUGUGAAGAAAUGUCCUGUGCUUCUAACUAUGCAGACAGAGGAAUUUAGGGAAAAAAGAGCCAUGUUUGCAGUUGAAUUGGCCAUUUUAGCAGGAAAUGACGAGGUUGCUGCAUACUUGAUCAGGAUGAUGUGGCAUGAAAGAAUAUUGAGAUUAUUUUUUUGGAGACCUGCAGUUAAUGUAAGAAAUCCUCAGCCAUCUUUCUUUAGUUUCAAGUCCAUUAUUGACAAUCCUAAAAUGAAGAAAACAGUGGUAGCAGUACUAGACCAGAUGGUGAAUCCUCACUGGCCAUAUCUUCCAAAACGCAAGGAUAGCUAUGAAAAUGAAAAAGAGAAAGAGGUAGUUGAGGGUGCCUGGCAUACAAUCACAGAUGAUCCUUUGGAUUAUCAUUUUCGUUAUCAUAUUUUGGAUGGUGAUGAGAGGGGACGGCCCCCAAAAGUCAAAUCACCAGGAGGACAGGGACAGAAAGAAAACAAAUUUUUCAACUGGAGGGACAAGUCUUGUUUACAUGUCAUUGCACAGAGCAGAAAUAUGGCACUUAUUGACGAAGGUCUGCAAUUUCUGGGACGUUUGGUUAGUUGUUCUCCACGUUUCAGAGCCAUAGAGGAGGACUGCUUUGACAUUGUGGACCCCACACAAUAUGGGGGUGAAGCAGAUUCACUGCGUGGGUUUUGUGAGAUUUUCACCCUUAUGAUGGUGGUCUUUUACUUAUGUGAAGAAAUUAAUCAAAUGAGAAUAGAGGGGAACUCGUACUUUACAGAAUGGAUGACCCUGUUUGACUGGUUAGGCCUGCUGCUGAUCCUGUGUUUAAUACCCUUACGGUACACACAAAAUAAAGCUCAGUGGCUGGUGGCUUCUUUAGCUUUCUUGCUCAACUUCCUAAGGAUCUUUAAGUUUUCUUGCCUGACAAGGACAACAGGAUUAUACACUCAUACCCUGGCUAAGAUCAUUUUACAUGACGUCACAAGAUCCAUGGCAGUUUUUGCUGUGAUAUUUCUUUCCUUCUGUGGUGCAUUGUCUUUAUCACUCUGUUACUCCACUGAAAACCAACAUCUAACCUAAAAAUAUUUUUCUCUUAACAUUAGUGACUUCGGAGAUGUGUUACUGAGUGGCAUUCGCGCACCGUCUGAACAGCGACCAAUAGCUGACGACUACUCAAAUCUCAACUGGCUCUCUAUUCUGUUGAUGAUGGCCUACAUGGGGACUGUGAUCGUGAUUCUCUUCAACAUUCUCAUUGCGCAGAUGAGUACAACCUACACACAGGCCAAGAAAGUCGCUCGUUUAGAAUAUGAUGUAGAUCGUAUUUUACAGCUAACUCGCAUGGAAAGGUUUCCUUUCCUGAACUUGCGUGUAAAGUAUUACAAAGAGGAAGACUGGAUCAGCGAAAUGAAACUCGCGCAAGAGCUUCUUGAAUUCAGUGAAGAACGCAGUCCUUGGGAGUCGGUGGAAGAGAAACUCAAUGCGAUCCGGAAUAUGAUGAGGAAGAUGGUGAAACAGAUGAGGCCUGGAAGCGGAUAAAGGAAAUUCUGUGCCCACGUGACUACGGUGGGAAUAUGUCCCUAGUCUCCAUUUUUGUGCGCCGGAUUCUUUAGUAAUUUAACUCGUAAUAGUGUAGGUUGAAGACGCCAUAGUGUAGGUUGAAGGCUCUGAGAUUUUUUUUUCUUUUGUCUUCUGAGUUAUUUUCGUCAGGAAACCAAAAGAAGGGUCAUUGAAAAUGAAAUGAGAUGACUCAGAAAUGGCCAGUCAGAUCUAAUAGCAAAGUGCAAUAUAAAAAGCGUUUAAGCAAAUCGAUUGGUUGUGA